UUACAGUUAAAAAAAGAAAAUGUCUAAAUUGGAUUUAAAAGCAUGCAACCAUUGUGGCAAAAAAAUGAAAUCGUUGCUGAGUUAUAUGACUCAUUAUCAAAGCCAUCGCAAUUUAGCUAAUAUUCAAUUUCCUUGUUGCAUUAAAAAUUGCAGAAUUAUUUUCAAAACAUAUUCAACUUUCAAAUUGCAUAUAAGAAAAGCUCAUAAUACAAUCAUCAUGGAAAAUAAACCAAUUACAGAAAUAAAUAAGAUUUUCCAAAGUUUUAAAUGUGAUAUUGCAUUAUGUAAAAAAAUAUGUGCUGGUUUAUCUCAGUUUAUUUUACAUCUUAAAUUGCAUCUUGACUCACUUGACACAGUUCAUUGUCCUUACAUGAAUUGCAAAAGUUCUUACACUAAUCGAAAUUCAUUUGCAUCUCAUAUAAGCAGAAAGCAUAAGCAAUGGGAUUCAAGUUUUAUCAUGCCAGUGCAUAUUGUACAUAGCUUAAAUUCUUCUUAUUUAAAUAACGAUAAAGAUUUUAGCACACUUGAACAAGAAAGCUUUACAUGUGGAUCUUUAGAACACUAUGAAAAUGAAGAGUUUCUUGAUGGUAUUGAUGAUAUUUCUUCUGAAAAAUAUUUAAAGGAUCAAGCUCUCUUUUUUUUAAAAUUGCAAGUAAAAAAUAUAAUACCAGCUUCUUGUAUUCAAUCUAUUUUUGAUGAACUUAUGGUAGCAAAUCAUUCAAGUUCUUUAUUAUCUGUUCAAAGUCUGUCAUCUGCAAUGUCCAAUCAAAGCAGUGAUAUCUGUGAAAAUGUUUUAGCAGAAUUUUCUAAGUCAGAACAUACAAAGAUAAACAGUUUGUACACUUUACGUACUAAUAAAAAAAGGAAAGCUUAUUUUCAUAAACACAUGAGUUAUAUAUCUCCAAAAGAAUUGACUUUAGGUUUUGAUGCCAAUAAAAAAUCUAGAACUGUUCAUUAUGUUCCAAUAAAGGAUUUAUUAAAAAUGAUGUACAAUAAACAUAGUAAUGAACCUGGUUUUUGGCUAAAACCGGAGGAAAAUUUUGGUAUAUAUACAGACUUAAUGAGUGGAUCCCUAAUUAAAGAUAUUGCAAAGUCUGAUGAUGAAAUUUUAUAUCUUAUGCUAUAUCAAGAUUCUUUUGAAAUUGUCAACCCAAUUGGAUCAGGAAGGAAAAAACAUAAAAUUCUUGCGGUUUACUUAACAUUAGCAAAUAUUCCACCCCACAAGAGAUAUGCAUCGGAGCAGUUACAGCUGGUUCUAAUGUGUAAAGAUACAGAUUUAAAGUACUUUGGCCUCAGCAAAGUGUUUGCACCAAUUUUUUCUGAAUUGGCAGAAAUAUCUGGUUGUUCUGUUUCUGUUUCUAAAAGUUUAUCAAUAAAAACAAAACUUCUAUGCAUACUAGGAGAUAAUUUAGGAUCACAUUCUAUAGGAGGUUUUUGUGAAAAUUUUAGCACAGUUUCGCACUUUUGUCGAUACUGUUUAGCAACACGUGCAGAGUUUGAUUUUAACCCUGAAUUCUCCGGACCUGAUCGGACAAAAUCAAGCCACAAUAAUAGCCUGCUUCAAUUAGCUCAGAAUAAUGAUAACAAUUUUGAAGGAAUAAAAUUUCAGUCACCAAUAUAAUGAUUUAUGCGGAUUUCAUGUGUCUACAGGUUUGCCACCAUGCUUAGCUCAUGAUAUUUUUGAAGGCGUUGCUUCGCGAGAUAUGUA